UUAAGCCUCACGUCACGUUACUGAAACCUGCCGCAACGUCAAGUCAGUGAAGUAUAAUUAAAGACUCAGGCAACGUCAUUGCAGUUUGUUACGAAACAAUUGGGCUAUUGCAAGUCAGUUGAAAAUUGCAGAAAACGUAUAACUCUCGUCAGUCCAAAAAAAUAGAACAAUCGAAAAAUUGCAGGAUAUUUCCAAUAAACAACAAUCUGACAAUGUCAUGUCAGUUGAGUGAUGAAGCAAUCUGUCAACAUCCUGUCAAUUGAGUAACAGAAUAAUUAGAUAACUUCAAGUCCAGCAAUUACGCUCGCCGCAUCGCACUACACGCGCCCCGAUAGUUCGAUGCUCGUAAUGUCUCGCUCGUUCCUCGUGGACUCGCUCAUCAGUCCGCGGUCUCCGCCGCUCUCCUCAGCUUCUCACCGCUUGGGGCUAACUUCGAAACCUAUUUUCAUGGGUCCACAAGCCCCAUCAGGCUCCCCUCUACCCCCAUGCCCUUUGGGUACACAUCACGACGUCCUGUCCCUGUACUCAUGCAAGGCCUGCAUGCCCUUCUCACCCUUCAUGCCACUGCCGGGGUUCGGGGGGGCCUUGUCCCACAUGCCGGCGAGUCUUCAGCCCCAGCAACACAUCCUACGCCCCGUGCCCGUGUCCAGCAUGCCCCUGUAUGCCCCCUUCCUGCUGCCCACGACCUGCGCCAGCCUGCGACCUGCCGCCUCACCAGCACGACAAGCCCUGCCCACGGCACCAUCACCUCCUCAUGAGCCUGGCUCGCCUCCUGCAGGAUCUAACAACGCGUCGACUGAUGGCAGCGCGGCUCGGACGACCUGCCCCUGUCUCUNAACCUGCCUCAGUCUGUCAGAGAAACAGGUCAAGAUUUGGUUCCAGAACCGACGUGUGAAGCACAAGAAGGAAGACACAAACGUGUCCCAAGGCCCCCAACACCCCAAGUGUCACUGUGGCCACGAGGGAGCCUGUUCUCCCGCUUCCAAUAACAAGAGCGUGAAGCUCGAGCCUAGGGAGAACAGUGACAGUGAUGGCAACGCUCAUAAAAAUGAAGAUGAAAUUCCUGAGAAAAAUGUAAAGUCUGCUGGUGAUGGAGCACAGCUCACUAGACGUGAUCCCCCGAAAAGUAGUUCGAAAAUAGAUCGUCGUGCAAGAAGUCCGAAUGAUUCAUACGGAAUUGAUGAUUCCGCUUUAAUUGACUCACCGUUUCGGUUCAAAAACUAUGAAAGUGGAACCUUAUCAGACGAUCAACGUGUUGAUAUCAUCUCAGAUUACAAUAACUACGGGGGCCACGCAAGCAGGGCUCGUGACGACGGCACUGGUGAACCCGAGACCGAAGUUACCAACAGACCUGACCUAGCUGACAGCACCCGCUCGCUGACGGACAGCCAAACUGACAGCAUUUCAGCACGAGAUCAAUUUUUGAGAUCGAAUUUCUUCAAUCAGAGUGGCUUUAAUUUGAUCGAAAAAUCCCCGUCGCGUUUAGUGGCCAUUAAACCCUACCUGAGCGAAAAUGCCAGCUCAGCAGCAGCAUUAGAUUUAGUGUCCAAAAAGAGACCGCCGGUAGCGAUUGAAAGCUCAUUUUGCGAUCAUUCCAAAACAACCAUCGAAAAGAUCAUGGAUCGAUCUCCUUCUGGAUCUCUUAGCCCUCGGGAUACAUCUGAAGUCCAUGGCCUGAAGUCUGCACAAGAACUUGUAGGCGUCACUCCUGAAGACGACCAAGCAGAUGUCUUGUACCACGGCACCCUCUGGUCUCCAGCAGUCGAGACCAAUAAGCGUCUCUGUCAGGACUUGACUCAGGCGACCAACAGUCAGGCCAAAAAAGCCAAACUAAAUUUUGCAGCUUCGUAGAGUUUUUCUGAUGGUGAUUUAAAGUAAGUGAAAACGCAAGGAUCACCACGAAUAACUUUUUCAAAACACAUGGAUUUGUUCGGAUAAAAUUUUCGGGAAUGGAAUACUUAAGAAGUGCAUAAUUCUCGUACAAAGCUGGAAUUUCUUAAAAUUAUGGACCAAUGACUGGCUAGGCAGCUAGUUAGAUGUCAUGAAGAAAGUAUAUUUUAAAUUAAUGUCAAUUGUGAACGAUAUAUAUAACCGAAUAAUGAUGAGAAUAUAUUCAUAUGAAUAGCAACUGCUGUGAGUGAUUUAGAUAGUAUUGCACAAUUUAUGUCAUUAUUACUACUAUCACUGUGCAGGUAAAUGAAUGCCUGGUUCUUCAUUCAUUAAUUUCUUAUCAAUCCACAUUGAGCUGAUGUUCGCCCACGUGACUUGCAUUUUCUGAUUUCUCUCAUGUUGGCUUCAGUUUCAUGUUCCUCAAAUAUGAAAUAAAAUCCUUCAUCGGAGGUUCAAAUCACUAUGAACACAUUAAUUUCUAGACUAAAAAGUAUUAGAAGGAGGUGGGUGGAGAGUUUAAAGACGCAGCAGAGACUCACUAUGCACAAUUGAUCCCUCAACAUAGCGGAUUGAAUUUUGCCUUGAAUUCCUCCCUUUCUUGAGUCCAAACUAUAUUUGCACGAGUGUAAUAAUUAAAAUUAAUAAGGGCUCACAAUAUGUAGUGAAGCGUAUAUUAAUUACAAGUGCUACGAGAUACAAACGUAUAGCCGCCUUUAUAGUGAGUAACCGUCGGCUGCGGGCUGAGGGCCAGUGUUCAAAAAGUGUACAAUAAUCACUGUACAAUGUAAUGUUCGAUAAUCACUGCACAAUGUAAUGUUCGAU